CCAGCCUACAUGCGUGAAGUGUGCAGGUGGAACACAGAGCACUCCACCCACCCAGGUGGAUAUCAGAGGAUGGGCGUUCAGGCACUGAGGACUCAGCGUGGGGGACGAUUGGGGCACAUAGCACAGAGAAGGUGGAGGGUGCACCGCUUCUCUCCUGAUUACAAAGGUGAGAUCAAAGCUACAAUGACACAUACCCUGCCUGGCACCUCUCCUGCCCAAGGACCCAGCCUGUCUCUGCAGGACUUGCAGGACGGCAGGAAAUGCCAUGACAUCACCAGCUCCACUAGAAAUAUGGGAUAAAAGGAGUGGCUGAGAUCUGCUGAUCCCCUGCUCACUCCACUGCAACCACCCAGAGGCAUGGCUCCCCGAGGCUGCAUCGUGGCUGUCUUUGCCAUUUUCUGCAUCUCCAGGCUCCUCUGCUCACACGGAGCCCCAGUGGCCCCCAUGACUCCUUUCCUGAUGCUGUGCCAGCCACACAAGAGAUGUGGGGACAAGUUCUACGACCCCCUGCAGCACUGUUGCUAUGAUGAUGCCAUCGUGCCCUUGGCCAGGACCCAGACGUGUGGAAACUGCACCUUCAGAGUCUGCUUUGAGCAGUGCUGCCCCUGGACUUUCAUGGUGAAGCUGAUAAACCAGAACUGCGACUCAGCCCAGACCUCGGAUGACAGGCUUUGUCGCAGUGUCAGCUAAUGGAACAUCAGGGGAACGAUGACUCCUGGAUUCUCCUUCCUGGGUGGGCCUGGAGAAAGAGGCUGGUGUUACCUGAGAUCUGGGAUGCUGAGUGGCUGUUUGGGGGCCAGAGAAACACACACUCAACCGCCCACUUCAUUCUGUGACCUGUCUGAGGCCCACCCUGCAGCUGCCCUGAGGAGGCCCACAGGUCCCCUUCUAGAAUUCUGGACAGCGUGAGAUGCGUGUGCUGAUGGGGGCCCAGGGACUCUGAACCCCUCCUGAUGACCCCUAUGGCCAACAUCAACCAGGCACCACCCCAAGGCUGGCUGGGGAACCCUUCACACUUCUGUGAGAUUUUCCAUCAUCUCAAGUUCUCUUCUAUCCAGGAGCAAAGCACAGGAUCAUAAUAAAUUUAUGUACUUUAUAAAUUAAUGCUGUAGAAUUCAUGAAUUAGAGAGCUUGGACUGUUGAAAGGGGUCACAAAGGGUGAUGUGGGGCCCCUUCUCUCUGUCACCCUGAGGCAUCUGGGCCUUUCCAUUUGUUCUGUUCACGCACACACUUAUUUUUUCUUUUUCCAUUUAUUUUUAAAUUUAUUAUUUUGUUAUUCAUGCUCGGUGACUAGGACCCUGGCCACCCCUGGGACAGGGGCCACCCUCCUACACCAGCCUCCACCACCCCAUGGCUCCCUGAACCCAGUCACAGCAUCGGGAGCAGCCCAGGUGGGGUGGGGAGGAGGUGGGGAUCGCGAGAGGGCUUCGGAGAGGCACUCCCUCUCCCACCAGUUCUGGGACAGAACAGGAUCUGGCUGUUUGUUCUUGAUGUACGUUAAGGAGAUGCAGACAGACUGGGAAAGAACGGAGGUUCUUUCUCCAACCGGCUAUGGGGAGAAGGUCAGAGUAGCUUACCAGACCAACUCAAAGCUACAAACUUCUUUUUCUAGUGCUUAUAUGCAUUCUAAGCUCCACGCCUAUGUGCGGAGUGCACCUGCAAGACAGCGUGUUUCAUUCUUAGCAAUAUCUAAUCUUUAACUAGUGUCUAGGGUCUGGAAAGCUUUCUCCAGAGUCUUGGAAAGUUUCUUAAUCUUAAAUGGACCCCAGUAUGAGGAAUAUGUGGAAGGAUGCUAUUAUUAUUUGAUCAGAUUUUAGGGUCUGAGAAAACCCAGCUGGGGUUUUAAUGGACUUGUUUUCUCAUUCCCGCCCUCAUCCCCAGGCACUAGUUUAUCCAGUUCUAUAAUGUUUAAGGUAUGCAUUCAUCAAAAAUAAAGUUUAGUGGAAACUGA